UGCUCCACAAAUGGACCGUGUCCGCCACAAGUUCAUUACCUACAAAGUCCGCCCACCUACCUACUACUUGUACUCCAUCCCAUCCCACCACUCAAGAACAAACAAUGGCAGCUCUUUCUUGCGUCAAUGCUUCUGCGCUAGGGCUUGCCUACCGCCGACCCGGUUCAUCCCCGCGGCGGAUGGUGGUGGUCAGAGCGGAGGCGAUCAACCCGGAUAUCCGUAAGACUGAAGAGAAAGUGGUGGACUCGGUCGUCGUCACUGACCUCGCCAAGCCCCUCACUCCCUACUGCAGGUGUUGGAGGUCUGCGACGUUUCCUCUGUGUGACGGAAGCCAUGUGAAGCACAACAAGGCUACCGGCGACAACGUCGGACCUUUGCUCUUGAAGAAGCAAUAAAUUCAAAUAUGUUAUUAUUGUAUCGACGGUCCAAAUAUUCAGCUUCGUUGUGGGCGAUUCCAAGUCCCUCUUUGCUUGCUAUGAGUAACAUUUCUUCCCAUGUUGAAUGCUUUGUCUAGUAACGUUUUAAGAUUGUUGAUAAUGGUUUGUGUUUGUGAGGUUGAUUGAAGUCUUGUUUUUCGAACAUGAUAAAAUUAUUUGUGAGUAUAGAAUGUUAGAACAUCAUGAAUUUUGCUAUA